AUAACAUUGAGAUUUUGAAAACUUUAGGCAAAAAAAAAGUGCGGCUGCAUCCGUGCUUCCUUGCAGUCGACACGAGUUAGCUUAAGUCAUAUGGGGUGCGCAUUUUUACUGCAGACUAUGCAAGUUCAUGGAGUGGUUCGCUGAAACAACUGCUCCGCAAUAAACCUAUUAACUGGCGCUGACAAAUGUGAUUCAAUUACGAUUACAAUGUCAACUAAACCAUGCAAUCUUCCUAUCGAUGUCGUUGAGAUUGAUAGCAGCGAUGACGAAGGCGGCGGUGACACCCAUGCCGCCGGAAAGAGGGGAAACCAGGAUGUAGUGUCUACCGCCACAAAUCCUCAGGGCAAACCACAUGGUAUUCAUGAUGCCAGAUUGGGCGCUCCUCCUCCUCCGAAUAAUCGUCCACCAGACUCGAGGAGUUUCUGGAAGGCCGGGAAUAUCGAAAUCGCCCCCGCUAAAUCAGUAGCUAUAGAAGGUGACCUGGAACAUGCACGUGUACAUCCGAAGUUCUUACAUUCGAAUGCCACUUCUCACAAAUGGGCGUUUGGAGCAAUUGCUGAACUCUUGGAUAAUGCUGUAGAUGAGGUUGAGCAGUAGAUGUGUUUUGGCAUCUGCUUUCAGUUAGGCUCACUUGGUUGUCUUUACUCGACGCCAGAUAAACAAUGGUGCGACUUUCGUGAAGGUUGAUAGGAUAUGUAACGUGAAGGACAACUCUCCUGCCUUACUAUUUCUAGAUGAUGGUGGCGGAAUGGAUCCGGGACGUCUUCGGAAAUGCAUGAGUUUGGGCUACUCAUCAAAGACGAGCAACACAACAAUUGGGCAAUAUGGUAAUGGGUUCAAGACUAGUACCAUGAGAUUAGGUGCUGAUGCAAUUGUCUUUACACGGUCAUCUCACGCAGGCCGAGCAACCCAAAGUGUCGGCCUUCUAUCCUACACAUUUCUCUGCAAAACAGGACAGAAUGAUGUCAUUGUUCCAAUGAUUGAUUUUGAUAUCUCCGGGCACUGGGCAGAGCCAAUUAUUAAUACAUCCCAGGUUGAUUGGUCCACAAACUUGAAAACCAUCCUUGAAUGGUCUCCAUUUGUGUCAAAGGAUGACCUUAUGCAACAGUUUGAAGAUAUUGGCUCUCAUGGAACUAAGGUCAUAAUAUACAAUCUAUGGCUGAACGAUGAAGGAAUUUAUGAAUUGAAUUUUGAUGAUGAUGAUGAGGAUAUAAGGUUGAGAGAUGAAGCUAAUCAAGGAAAUGUGUCCAAACAACACAGGAAACAAGCUGAAUUGCAAUCCCAUAUUUCCUACCGCUUCCGUUAUUCAUUAAGGGCAUAUACAUCAAUUUUGUACCUCAAAAAGUUUAAAAAUUUUAGCAUCUUAUUAAGAGGCAAGGCUGUGGAGCAGUAUAGCAUUGGUGGUGAUUUACAACACUCAAAAGUAAUAUCCUACAAGCCACAACUUGAUGUGACAUCAAAAGAGGUGACUGUAGAAACUACUAUUGGCUUCAUUAAAGAAGCACCGAACCUUCCAGUGUCUGGAUUUAAUGUUUAUCACAAAAAUCGUCUAAUCAGGCCCUUCUGGAAGGUCACUGCAGAUGGUCAUUCAAGAGGAUCAGGUGUUGUUGGAGUCCUGGAAGCAAAUUUUAUAGAGCCUGCACAUGACAAGCAGGAUUUUGAGAGAUCUUCAAUUUUUUACAGAUUGGAAAUGAGGCUGAAGAAUAUGAUAAUGGAAUACUGGAAAUCUUAUUGUCACUUGGUAGGGCACAAGCCCCCUGGCGUGCCUAGUGUGCCAAGAGAAGCUCCUGCCCAACCGCAAGUUAGAGUUGUGAAUUCACAAAUGCAGUUGCCAACCACUGAACAUCAGCCAGUUAAUAGUCUUGUUGAUGACAGAUCAGCAGAUAUGAUAUCCGAGGAGAACAUUCAUCUCUUUAUGAGAUGUGAAGCUUAUAUACAAAAAGAAAAUGAAUUGAAGCAAACGAUUGAAGAAUUAGAGAGGGAGCUGGAUGAUACAAGAAAGAAGUGUGCUGAUAUUUCAUCGCGCCUGGAAAUGCAGAAGAAUCUCAAAGCUAUGAGUGGAAUGCGAAAUGUUUAAUGAGUCUUCUUCCUGGUGACCAAGUUGAUGAAUGUAUAUGAUGUGGUUUAUGCGGUAUUGGUUGAUCUGUUUUCAGCUUAGGAGUGUAUCUUAACGAGUAGCUGAAGUUGCUAGUCAUGUGUGUGGACGUGUGGUAUGUUAAAUAUAGCGCAUCUAUCAGCGAUAAAAAAUUAACGGAGUUGUUCAGUGUUUUUUUUAUGACUGACUCAUUGCUUCAGUUGCUUGUCCUAUAGACCCAUUGAUGCCACAUCCGGCUGUCCCUAUUUUAAAAUUUAUACUCGGUUUAUUGAGACUAGACAAUGUGCUCUU